UCAAUAACGGUACUUGCCAUAACAAUCCCAAUCAAAAAGCAAGCAGCUUGUUCUUGCCAAUACAAAUGAGCUGAGCAUCCAACACCAAUAUUUUUCGUAAGUUCUUGAGAACUAGCGAUGAUAUAGACAUCAAUUAAAGUCAAGUGAGACGAAAUUUAAACUGCUGUGACUACGAAGCGAGAUUCUUGAAUCGAUAAUCCGCAGCAAUAUUUAGUAACGGGCACAGGCGGUACUGCGCAGACCUUGCGCAAACAGGGAGGCUGUAACCACAACAACCCCCAACCAGUAAUACGUGCACAUUCCUGCACACAAUUGUUACUCUACGUAAACGUUACUUUAAAAGGACAAGAGCACCUGCAAGGCAGAUAAAUAUAGAAAAUUAAGAAACAUGUCUUACCGUUUGAAGGCCACCAAAUGCCCCACGGACGAGUUGUCGCUCACGAAUCGGGCGAUAGUCAAUGUCAAGGAUUUCCCCGACGAGGUCAAGUAUGCGGACAUCUCUCCAGCUGCCGGACAGCACUUCAUUUUUGCUCUGGAAAAAACCAACGAGGUGCCCAGUGGCUUUGUGGGCUUCUCGCUGGUGCAGCGGAAAUGGGCAAUGCUGUCUAUUAAUCAGGAGCUCGAGGUACGCCCGUACCGGUUCGAUGCUAAUUCCGAUGUCAUCACCUCGGUCUCGUUCGAGACUGAUUUUCUGCAGAAGAAGACUGUCACUCAGGAGCCGUACGAUUCCGACGAAAUGGCUAAGGAGUUCACCAUGCAAUUUGCUAGCCUCGCGCUAACCGUCGGUCAGUCUCUGGUCUUCAAUUUCAAGGACAAGAAGUUGCUUGGUCUGGUGGUGAAGACGCUUGAAGCUAUCGAUCCGAAGUCCCUGAGUGAGGGAAAGCAACCGGCCAUGAGGAAUGUGCGCUUUGGACGUAUAUUGGGCAACACGGUGGUGCAGUUCGAGAAGGCCGAGAACUCGUCCUUGAAUCUGCAAGGCAAGUCAAAGGGGAAGGUGGUGCGCCAGUCGAUCAUCAAUCCGGACUGGGACUUUGGCAAAAUGGGCAUUGGUGGCCUAGAUACGGAGUUCAACGCCAUCUUCCGACGUGCGUUCGCCUCACGCGUCUUUCCACCUGAGCUGGUGGAGCAGCUGGGCUGUAAACACGUCAAGGGCAUAUUGCUGUACGGCCCUCCCGGCACCGGUAAGACUCUGAUGGCACGCCAAAUCGGCACAAUGUUAAAUGCACGCGAGCCCAAGAUUGUAAACGGUCCGCAGAUUCUGGAUAAGUAUGUGGGCGAAUCAGAGGCCAAUGUACGACGUCUGUUUGCCGACGCCGAAGAGGAAGAAAAACGUCUGGGCCCCAACAGUGGCCUGCAUAUCAUUAUUUUCGACGAAAUCGAUGCCAUUUGCAAGCAGCGCGGCUCCGUUGCCGGCAACAGUGGUGUCCACGACACGGUCGUCAAUCAGCUGCUAACUAAGAUCGAUGGCGUCGAUCAGCUAAACAAUAUUCUGGUCAUUGGCAUGACCAAUCGUCGGGACAUGAUCGACGACGCGUUGCUUCGUCCCGGCCGUCUAGAAGUGCAAAUGGAGAUCAGCUUGCCCAACGAGCAGGGUCGUGUGCAGAUCCUUAACAUUCACACCAAACGGAUGCGCGACUUCAACAAAAUGGCCGAUGACGUUGACUGCAAGGAGAUCGCCUCGCUCACUAAGAACUUUAGCGGCGCUGAGAUCGAGGGUCUGGUACGCGCCGCUCAGUCAAGCGCAAUGAAUCGCCUGAUAAAAGCCGAUACCAAGGUCACUGUUGACCCAGAGGCCCUGGAGAAGCUGAAGGUUAAUCGUGCUGACUUCCUACAUUCUCUGGAGCAUGACAUCAAAGCCGCCUUCGGCACGGCCCAAGAAAUACUGGACAACAUGCUGGCCCGUGGAAUUUGUAAUUGGGGCCAGCCGGUGGCCAAUCUUCUGGAAGAUGGCAUGCUAUACGUACAACAGGCCAAGGCGCCCGAAUCCAGUGGUCUCGUAUCGGUGUUGGUGGCCGGUCCACCCAAUUCGGGCAAGAGUGCGCUGGCAGCCAAGCUGGCCAAGAUGUCGGACUUCCCCUUUGUGAAGGUCUGCUCGCCCGAGGAUAUGGUCGGCUUUACCGAAUCGGCCAAAUGUCUGCACAUACGCAAGAUCUUCGACGAUGCCUAUCGCUCCACCCUCAGCUGCGUUGUGGUGGACAAUGUGGAGCGGCUGCUGGACUAUGGCCCUAUUGGACCGCGCUACUCCAACAUGACUCUGCAAGCUUUGCUGGUAUUGUUUAAGAAACAGCCGCCUAAGGGAAGGAAGCUCUUCAUACUCUGCACCACCAGCAGACGUGAGGUCUUGGAGGAAAUGGAAAUGCUGUCGGCUUUCACAUCGGUUCUACACGUGCCGAAUCUUUCCAGUCCUGAGCACGUAAUGGCCGUUCUCGAGGACACGGACAUCUUCAGCAAGAGCGAACUUCAUACCGUGGGCAAGAAAAUGGCUGGCAAGCGGGUCUUCAUUGGCAUCAAAAAGCUGCUGGAUCUGAUCGAUAUGGCGCGUCAGACCGAACCGUCGCAGCGUGUCAUCAAAUUCCUCUCGAAAAUGGAAGAAGAAGGAGGCCUCGACAUGGUGGCACGCAAAUGAGCGGCCCUAGGAAUAAUGCAUAUUUAUAAAAUUUGGCGAGUGCACCGUUUAAAGCAAUCUCAAUUACUAGGAUCUAAGAGGAAGUAGGCCAGGUGCCUUGCGCAGAGCGGGCCGAAUUAUUAUAAGAAACGAUCGCCCGAAAAGAAAAAGACAAAAUUAUCAGAAUCGCAUAGCAGCUACCCCUAUACUAUAUACCCAUAUAUACCUUCUAUAUAUACAACAUAUGUACAAUAGCAUGUUGGGCUUCGCAAUAUAUCUACGAAUAUCGAAUACCCGAAAUUCCUUCAGUCACCUCUCCACCCUCCACUCUCUCUUCGAAUGUUUCCUGAUGCGAGACGCGUACGUAAUAAAUGUGAGACCUGUGACCUGAUUUGGCAUAGCGGGUGUUAUAAAUAUAUACUAUAAUGGCAAAUAUCUGCAGAUACAUACUAUAAUUAUAAAUACACAUACAUUUAAAUAAUUAUCGCAUAGCUGCAUUGCCUGCCUCGGCAUUGUAUUUACAACUAGUUAACAAUUCACAUAUUUUUGUCGUCGUUGUCUUGUCUUUCCUUGUUGAUAGAUUUUCGUCCUGUUAUUAUUAAUUUUAAGAUUCGCUUGGGAAUGAAGCAAACACCAAAUAAAAAUACAAGUCGAGCGUUAAUUAUACUGAUGAUGAGUAGUGGCUUGCAAAAGUUUAUCUAAAUUAUAAUUAUAUACUAUUAAUAUUAAAUGAAAAAAUUAAAUCAAUAUACAUACAUAUACACUAUAUUUAUUGUU